GUUAUUUUGAAAAGGUUUCCAACGUCUCCGGGUCUUAUGUGUCGUACAGUUUGCAAAUGAGCAUUGGAAAUAAGAAAUAUUCUCAGAUCUCUGGCUUGCCUAAUGAUAGAGAUGUACCCAGAGCUGCUGCGCUUCCGAAUAGAACUUCGGCUCGUAGUUGGCACAAAAGUGAAUCAAGUAAUAAAGAAAUGAAGAAGUUAAGCAAAGAGCUGCCCCACGCAAAAACUUGUGGCUUGAAAUGCCAACAAGGUAAUCAGAAACAAUUAGCAAACAUCACACCAUCUGCUUGCAUAUCAAAGUUCUCCCUGAAAUCGGUUAACGAGAAAGAGACCAAGUAUUUAAACCUUAAUAGAAUAACAAACAUUCAAACAGACGUAAAACCAUCCACCACUUAUAGUUCAGCCGCUACAAAUAAUACAUGCAGAUUAAAACGUUCAGUAUUUAGAAAAGAUGAAAAGGAUUUUUUAAGUAGUUUUGAGAAAAAAUAUUCUAUACACAGUUAUAAUCCUUCAAAAUUAAAUAAUAACUCUCAUAUGAGUAAACCAGAUUACAAACAUGCUCUUAGCUUGACUACUGGCAAAUCACGACUGGUAAAAAAGAUGUCAGUUAAUCAAUCCGAUCAUUCCAAAAGUAGUAAUCAUCUUUUGUUAAACGGAAGUCAAUUAUCUUCGUGGUCUAUGCAAUGCGACAAUGCUUCUGUAACACUACAUAAUAAAAAAGGAGCGAUAGAUUCAAGUCCACGAAGGUAUGUCAAUAGUUAUUUAUCUUCACACCCUUUUGUAAAACAACCAACUGAUGUAGUACAUGGGUCAGCAAAGAGCAUUGAUUUCAAUGAGCAAAAAUCAAAUGGGAAAGCUAAACGUGUUUCGAAUGAGUUGAAUACAAACGGUUCAGAGUACUCUACAACAAAACAUAUUAACCGCAAUCACAAAACCUACAACAAAUCAACAAAGAUAAAUGCUUCAAAAUAUUACCGAUGUUCAGAAACCGAGCCAAGUGAACAGUUAAUUAAUAAUGAAUCCGAUGAUAACAUAAAUUCUAGUGCUGUCAAGUACUAUGAUAUUAAAUCUACAAAUGUAACUGAUUGGGGUAGUGUUUCUUCAUCUGAAUGGGGUGAUGAUAUGUGUGAGUUUGAUCGUCAACAAUCUUUCCGUGUACAUGAAAUGUUCGAGGAAAUCGAUCGUAUUUUAUUUGAUAAUCCGAAUCUGGAUCUACAAGAUUCAAUACUGAGAUAUACAUCAAUAACAACAACAAACGUUGAUGAUGAACCGUCUCGGUAUACAAAUAUUUCAAAUAGUAUCAAUUCGCCUUCACACACGGAUGAUUAUGAUUCAAUGGGUUUAGAUAAUUUAGCAUUAUUGUCUUUACAUUCAAUUGAAAAUCGAAACCCACCUUAUCAGUAUCCUGAUCAUUUUAAUUCAACAGUUACCAACUGUAUAAAUAGUAUUCCUUGUGGAAUCCAAGAUCAUUUAUUUUAUGAAUGCAAAGACUGGUUAUCUCGAUUCCCACAUUUACGCGUUGUUGGUAAACAAAUAAAACUUGCUGAUGAAAAUGAAUCUACUUUUCAUCAUAAUGAUAGUAAUUUCAUAUCAGAGUUCUCUAACAUGAUUAACGUAUCAAGCACAACAAUGAAUACACCUCUGAAUAUGAGGAAAGGCAUCACCACUGACAGAAGGUUAAAUCAUACACAGAUUGAAAUGGGGAAAAUUGAAGAACACCUUUUAAAUCCACCAACAUCCGCUAAUUGCAUGGAGGAAGAGAUAUUCGCUAUAGAUGGUGAAUAUGAAGAAUUUAUGGGUGGUGUAACCGUUAGUAGCAAAUACAAUCCAACUUGCAAUAUUGAACAAGGCAAACAAUUAUCAUCAUAUGAUCAUACGCAUUUUCGUGAUAAAUUGUUAUUUAAUGAUAAAGAACCUAAAAUUUCGAAGUCCCAUCAAAGUAACCGACAUCAUGUUCAUCAUAACUAUCACAGUUAUCAUCAUUUUAGACAUAAACACAGAGAAAAAUCGAAUCCUGCUCCAACACAUUCGAAUUCAGAAGAAUAUAAUGGAAAAUUAUGUAUCUUACCUGAUGCAGUAUCUAAUUCGUGUUUCCCCUCAUCGCCAUGCAUAGAAUUGGAAAGGGUUAAACAACCCAAUAGUUUGGAAAAUUGUUAUUCGGAAAGCGACUUUACUGACCCGCCAUCGAAUUCAGUUGAAAUGGUUCUUAGAAUAAUAUCUGAGCAGCUAUGGAAUGAUCUAACGCAAUGGACGGAGAUGUUAUUAUCUGAGAAUAUGUUUUCGAACUUAAACAAAUACGAAACUAAUGGAAGUAGUCAUAAAGCUUCUCCUCAUAGUCCACUUCAAUCUUAUCGACUACGAGAUAGCACGUUAUCACGAUACAAUUCAUCAGUUGGAGAUGCACAAAAUUCAUCCACUUUGACAUCAUUCCGACUACCCAAACAAACAAAGCAUUCCAAUUUAGAUACAUCAAACUGCCUUAGCAGUCAACAUACUGUACAAACUCAUGAGUCAAAUGUUGAACUCGCCGAUCUUUUGCAAAUUUCAACCAAAACACUACAAACCCGUGAAAAGUCGUUAGUUCAAGAAAACAAUGAUCCUUUUACUAAAAUACAAUACACUGGAAGUAACACAAUUUUGAAAGAUUCUACAAAUAAUCAUUUGAUAUCUUCUGUAGGUGGUUCACAGUUGACAUCAGUGACUAUGACAACCAUUACUACAGCAUUAUCUCGUAUAAGUCCUCAAUCCAUCGGAACUAUUUCUAUUAACAGGCCAAUAUCCAGUUUAAACAAUAAAUCUGCAACCAAUGUUCCGCGUAAAGUUCUCCUUACGUGUAAUAGUUCUGUGCCUGAAAUACCUCGUCAUAGCAGAACCAGUAGAGUUGCUGUUGUUGGUGUUGCCGCUAACUUAUAUCACAAUGAAAAACUUGCUCCAUUAGAUAGAUUACGUACACCUGUACCACUGCAGUACUCUUUUAUAUCGGAGGAACAAUCGUUUAACACAGUAUCAUCAACAACAGCAAUAAUACAUUUUACAAAUACAGAAAAUUCCCUUAACUCUAUCUGUUCGACAAGUUUAGCAAAAUGUCGUGAUUUAAAUGUUAGUCAACUGUUAUCCUCUGCAACAGCAAGCAAUGCCUUAACUUCACUCCCACUAGUAAUAACAACAACAAUACUGCACACCAUACCUAAUUCAAUGAAUAAUAGUAGCCAAAUUUCGUCGGUGAAUACAACCAAUAUGAUGAAUGAAACUAUAAGUUCAAGCGAUUUCACGUUACCCCCGUUAUCUAAUCCAAUAAACAUUUUAUCAACUGUCAACACAACUAUAUGUUUUCCUCCAUCCAACUCUUCAAAUACAGAAUCAAGCCUGCCAAAUCCAAAGAAUAAUUUAUCUACAACUAAUAAAACUGGAUUUGGAAUAUAUCAAGUUAGCGAACAAAAUAACCAGCGUACAACACGUUUACAUAAAAAAAUAUAUGAAAAUUUAGUUGGGAAACAAAAUAAUAAUAACAAUGCUCUUGGGAACACAUCUAUCUUUACACAAAAAAUUCCAUCGAAAUUAUCUAUGAAUGGGAAUCAAAAUUCUCUAAAGCAAGAUUCAUUUCCUUUACCACCUAUUGAUAUAUUUAAAGACCGAUUUGGAAGAAAGAAAAAGCUAUGGCGACCAUACAGUUCAAGACCGUUAUUAAUAAAUAAAUCAAUUACGAAUCCCUCUAGUAUAUUGACAAGAGCUUGCUCAACAUUGUUAAUUCAAAACCCUGAGACUUAUAAUGACUCAUGCUCAAUGAAAAUAAGUCCAGCAAUUUUCAUUGGCUCUACAACUAAUCCUAUAAGAGGUAAUGAUGCAGUUACACGUUGAUGAGUACAUCCAAAUUUUUAUUAAUAUGAAGUUGAGAAGAGAUAUAUUCGUUAGUGAUCGAGCCAAGCAAAGGAUAUCAUCAUCUUCAGUCGUUCAUAAAAAGGAAACUACAAAACUGUUUUACAUUUGCUGCAGGAUGAAUUACCUGCUCUCAGUCUCGUGAUUUUAUCGGCGGCACAUGCACGAGAUGACGGUGAUGAAUUAAAAAUUCCUGGAAGAAACUUUACAAUAGUCAGGUGUAUAAAGUUAUUUCGCGAUGAUAAGCACUUGUCUCUGACAAUUUUUUAACAAUUCAGAGCAGGAAGGCAGGUAUGCGCAAUGGUUAAGGUAAAAAUAAUGAAAAUCGAUAUGAUAUAUUGCGCAAAUCUAAUUUCCGAAUAUCUCGUUAAGUCGUUUAUGCAUUGAAAUUAUCUAAAACUGUAAAUAUACCUCUGCUUUCAGUGUAUCCAUAAUACCUUCAGCAUCUCCCAUUACAGGUUCUAUUUCCGUUUUUUCUUUACUCAGUUUAUUUAUUCUCUGUGAUGUAGCUAAACGUUCUGGAUACUUAUAUUCGUUUU